AGACGCCGUGAGGCGGUUGAGCGGUAGGCGGCGGUGUGGGUGUUGGAGGUGUCGGGGUGCUCUGCGCUGGGUGUGGGCUCUGAGGGGUACGUGAGGCCGCAGCAUUUCAGGGCCCUGAGGAGGAAAGAAUAUUGGUUCUAUCCUGGCUCAGACCAAGGCAACUACACAUAAUACAUCAAUAACACAAACUGAAAUGAUCAUGAAGACCUUUGUGGAAGAGCAAUCCUACUACUGGUGCAAUGGAAUGGUUAUGAAGAGGUGAGGACUAUGACUACCAUCAGGAAAUUGCAAGGUCACGCUAUGCAGAUAUGCUUCAUGAUAAAGAUAGAAACGUGAAAUAUUACGAAGGUAUUCGUGCUGCAGUGAGCAGAGUAAAAGCAAGAGGUGAGAAGGCAAUUGUUUCUAGACAUAGGGACUGGCACAGACUUCUGUCUAUGAUGGCAGCUUCAGCAGAUGCAGACUUCUGCUAUGCAGUUGAGGUUUUCAAGCCCAUGGCUGAUGCUGCUGUGAAGAUAGUGGAAAAAAAUGGUUUUUGUGACAAAAUCAAAGUAAUCAACAAGCACUCGACUGAAGUCACAGUUGGCCCAGAUGGAGAUAUGCAAUGUCGUGCAAACAUCCUGGUAACAGAAUUAUUUGAUACAGAGCUGAUAGGAGAAGGAGCUUUACCAACCUAUGAGCAUGCACACAAGUAUCUUGUACAGGAAGGAUGUGAGGCAGUGCCUCACAGAGCAAGAGUAUAUGUCCAGUUAGUGGAAUCCAAGAGAAUGUGGUCCUGGAACAAACUGUUUCCUGUUCGUGUUGAAGCAGAGGAUGGUGAAAAAAUUAUUGUCUCCCCUUCAGAAAUGGAGAACUGUCCAGGUGUUCCUUCUGUUUGUGAUAUUCAACUGAACCAGAUGCCUUUAGGUGACUUCACCAUCCUUAGUGAUGUGGUGACUAUGUUCAGUGUGGAUUUUAGCAAACCAGUAAGAAGUGCUUCUACCUGCUAUAGAGUACAACUAGAGCCCUUAAAGUCUGGCAAGGCACAAAUUGUUCUUUCCUGGUGGGAUAUUGACAUGGACCCCUCUGGGAUGAUAAAUUGCUCAAUGGCUCCAUACUGGGUAAAAUCCAGUUCUUCUUUCCAGUGGAGAGAUCACUGGAUGCAGUGUGUGUAUUUCCUUCCAAAUGAGGAGCCAGUUCUCCAGGGUGAGAAGGUGUACCUGACUGCCUGUCGUGAUGAGUACUCCCUGUGGUACAACCUAAAGAAAGUCAGAGAAGAGGAGAAUAAAGCAGAUGUUUGUGUUGAGAGUCCUGUUUGUAGAUGCCAGGCUCACCUUCUCUGGAACAGACCCCGUUUUGGGGAAUUGAAUGAUCAGAAUAGAACAAGCCAAUAUAUCAAGUCUUUGAUGAAAGUUUUGAAAGCAGAUAGUGUUUGCCUUUGUAUCAGUGAUGGCAGUCUGCUGCCUGUGCUGGCUCACUGUCUUGGAGCAAAGCAGGUGUUUACAUUAGAAAACUCUGCUGUGUCCUGUUCUGUCAUGAAAAAAUUUUUUAGAGCAAAUAAUAUUGAAGAUAAAAUUAAAAUAAUAGAAGCACGUCCUGAGCUGCUGUCAUCUUCUCAUUUGGAAGAUAAAAAGAUUUCUGUUCUUGUGGGAGAGCCAUUUUUUACUACAAGUUUGUUGCCAUGGCAUAACCUGUAUUUCUGGUAUGCUAGGACAGCUGUGACCAGUCACUUAGCCAGCAAUGUCACUGUCCUACCUCAGUCUGCUUCUUUGCACAUGAUGAUUGUGGAGUUUCAGGAUUUAUGGAGAAUCCGGAGCCCAUGUGGGUCCUGUGAAGGUUUUGAUGUCCGAACUAUGGAUGAUAUGAUCCAAAAUUCUCUGAAUUUUAGGGAAUCAAAGGAAGCAGAACCUCAUCCUCUGUGGGAAUAUCCUUGUAAGUCACUCUCUGACCCCCAGCAAGUUUUGACAUUUGACUUCAGAGAGACUGUUCCACAACACUGUCUCAGCACAAAGGGUUCUGUAAACCUUGUACGGAAAGGAAAGAGCCAUGGAGCAGUUCUAUGGAUGAAAUAUAAUCUAAUUGCUGAUAUCUCUGUUAGCACAGGACUGAUGCACAUAUCAAAUGAAAAGGGAAAUUGUGAAUGGAAUCCCCACUGCAAGCAAGCUGUCUAUUUCUUCAGUUCUGUUAUUGAAUCAGAAACUUUGUCAGAUCUUCCUAGUGCUAUCACAUAUGCUAUAAAUUUCAAUACAAAGACAGGAGAGAUUACCAUGGAUUUUAAGCCAUUAUAAAAUACUUUCCUUUUACUUGUACUCAUAAAUUAUAAGAAAUCUACACUGAUUUUUUUUUUAUAUAGCA